AUGGCUCUUUUUCCAAAUGAUUGUCACCGGAUGUUCUCAUCUCCCUUGGAAAGAAUGAUGUGCCACCUCUUUGAAGACAGUUUUCGGAACUGCGAACGUUCUUUGGAUUUUGUGGCCCCCUACUGGCUCGGUCAGCCUCUGAUCCAGGAGUGCAAUAUAGGCAACAGUGUUGGAAAGGUGAUUAACAACAGUGAGAAGUUUGCGGUUGAAGUAAACGUUGCGCAGUUUCGACCUGAAGAACUUUCAGUUAACGUUCGAGACAAGGAUCUAGUGGUUGAAGGACAUCACGAAGAGCGCAGCGACAGACAUGGCAGAAUUGAACGCCAUUUCAUUCGCAAAUACUCCAUCCCAGAUGAUGUGAAUCCAGAAUCAAUCGAAUCACAUUUGUCCGACGGUGGUGUACUCUCGGUCUGCGCUAGCAAAGUGGCGAUUGAAGGGGUCAAAGGCCGGACAAUUCCAAUUCAAGCUGCCCCACGGCAGAAACAUGAGGAUUUGGAGGAGAAAUAA